AUGGCUGAAGGCGUCUUUCGGGCUCUUGCAAAAUCCCAUCCUCGCAUUGGCGACAUCGACUCAGCCGGCACUGGCGCCUAUCACACUCGCAGUCCACCCGAUGAUCGAACACUCCAUACCCUUCGGAGACAUGGCAUCACAGAUUACGAUCAUGGCGCCCGUCAGGUGCGCUCGAAGGACUUCAACGAUUUUGAUUACAUUUUCGCAAUGGAUAGAUACAACUUCGACGAUUUGCAGCGAUUGCAGCGAAGAAUUGAAAGCAAGGGACAAAAAACGAAAGCCAAAGUCAUGAUGUUUGGCGACUUUGGGGGAAGAAGAAAAGGCGAGGAGGUCAUUGACCCUUACUACGGCGCCGACAGUGGAUUCGAAGAGGUCUACGAGCAGGUCACCCGGUUCUCUAAGAACUUCCUAGAACAAGUUGUCUAG